ACUAUAUUUGUUAUAUUGCUCGACUAGACCUCAGAUUUUAGUUGUUAGUUAACAUGUUUGUGUUGUUAUUUCAAACCAGAGGUUAAAAGUACACGGUAAUUUUUUUUCUUUCGUACCAGCUAUAGUCGAAGGCUAUUCUGAGUUUUGACGAGAUUAACUUGUUUGAAUAAAGUCAACAAACUAUUUUCUCUAUUUAUUUAUGAAGUUAAAUAAAGGCAAUAAGAAUAAGAUUAGAUAUGGUAUACCAAAUAAAGCAGUUCUUUUAUUUGUUGUAAGAAGUCAUUCGAUUCAGUCAUGUUUCUGUUAGCAACAUCAUUUUUAGUAGUUUUAAUUUAUCUGUACAUACAAUGGAUAUAUUCCCAUUGGAAGAGGUCUGGAUUGGAGCAAAUAGAACCAGAUUUCAUAUACGGGAAUAUUAAAGAAAUAGCUUUAGGAAAAAUUAGUAGCGGCGAACACUUUAAAAAUCUUUACAACGAAUUCAAAUUAAAAGGAUUGAAACACGGUGGUAUUUACGAAUUUCUGACUCCCUCUUAUAUACCAACAGAUUUGGAAGUUAUAAAAUGUAUUUUACAAAAAGAUUUUAAUCAUUUUAUGAAUCAUGGUGAUUAUGUUAAUGAAGAACUAGAUCCGCUCACAGGACAUCUUUUAGCUUUGGAACACGAAAAAUGGAAAAAACUGCGGGGAAAACUUACACCAACUUUUACUUCAGGUAAAAUGAAAAUGAUGUUCUCAACUAUAGCAGCUUGUACGGAAAGUUUGAAAGAUAACCUUGAGGAGUAUGCUAGGAUAAAAGAUUGUGUAAAUAUAAAGGAUGUGUUGGUAAAAUAUACUACCGACGUUAUAGGGUCGACAGCUUUUGGAUUAGAAUGUAACAGUUUCGAAGAUCCCGAUUCAAAAUUUAUAGAAUUUGGGAAAAAAAUUUUUGGUACCGGUCGGAGGAAUUUCAAUCGAAUGGUCACAAACAAUUUACCGAAAUGUAUAUUGAACCUUAUAGGAUACAAGCGAAACGAGAAAUCCAUUGAAGAUUUCUUUAUGGGUCUGGUAAAAAGUAUGGUUGAAUAUAGGGAGAAAAAUAAUGUUUAUAGGAAAGAUUUCAUGCAUCUUUUACUGCAGCUUAAAAACAGAGGAAAAGUUACGAAUGAUGAAAGUAUUUUUCCCAACGGCGAUGAAAACGGUGAUCAUUUUAUAUCGUUUAACGAAGUAGCCGCUCAAUGUUUCGUCUUCUUUUUGGCUGGUUUUGAAACUUCCUCAACCGCAAUGACUUUUGCUUUAUAUGAAUUAUCCAGAAAUCAAGAAAUUCAAGACAAAGUUAGAGAAGAAAUGAAAACCGUUACUAAAAAACAUAAUAAUAAAAUCACUUAUGAAGGGAUAAUGGAAAUGCAUUACUUAGACAAGGUCGUCAAUGAAACGUUACGUCUUCAUCCACCUUUACCAGUGACAGGAAGAAGAUGUAAUGCAACGUAUAAAGUCCCCAAUACAGACGUUAUCAUUCAAAAAGGAAAUAAAGUGAAAAUUUCAAUUUUGGGUGUACAUCGAGAUCCCGAAUAUUAUCCAGAUCCUGAUACGUUCGAUCCAGAACGAUUUAAUCGGGAAAAUAUUCUGCAACGCCCACAAUUCGCUUUUAUGCCUUUUGGAGGAGGACCCAGAAUAUGUAUCGGUGAAAGAUUCGGAUUGCUACAGAUAAAAGUUGGAUUAACGUCUAUAAUUAGUAAUUUUCGUGUAACUUUGAAUGAAAAAACACCUCAACCGAUUACGUAUAUGCCUAAACUCAUAAUUUCUGGCGUUAAGGGCGGUGUAUGGCUAAACAUACACGAAGUAGACGAAGAAUAAAUAAAAGUAUUGAAUGAGCAGUGUUUUUAGAGAUAAAUAAAUAUUAUAUAACUUGUAACAAA